AUGACCACAUAGCUGGUAUUUGGCCGGACUUUCGCGUUGAACUGUUGACUUUCCACGGAAAAUAUAAAAAUUGACGUUAGUCCAGAGGCUAUUUGUGGAGUUAUGGUAUUAAAAGAAAGUGAUCGCUGAGCUAACCGAUGAGCUUACGUGUGUUUUGGCGAUUAGCCAGAUAACUCGGUAGCUAGCGUAGCCAGCUAGCUGUCUGUGUUGACGCUAAGCUGCGGUAGCGGCUCAUUCAGCUGUGUUUCGGGGAGGAAAUGGGACGAGGAGUGGGUCCAACGAGGAACCGACCCCCCACGGGACCGCCGGGUAAUGACGGACUUCUGUACGACAUGGGCCCACCGGGUUGGGGUCCUCCGCCGCCGGGAGGUUGGGGUCCUCCGCCACCAGAAGGAUGGGGUCCUCCGCCGCCCGGAGGAUGGGACCCGAGAGGGCUCCCACCGCCCGAAGAAUGGGGUCCACCGCCGCACGCAGGGUGGGGGCCACCGCACCCUGAAGGAUGGGGCCCGAGAGGGCCUCCGUCGCCUGACUGGGGACCAAGAGGACCGCCGCCGCCGGGCUGGGGUCCACAUCCCGACGACUGGCUGCUUCCUCCAGAAGACUGGAGACCACCUCAUCCCGACGACUGGAGGCGUCCGCACCCCGACGACUGGAGGCUUCACCCCGAAGACUGGAGACCUCACCCUGAAGACUGGAGACCUCGUCCAGAGGACUGGAGACCUCGUCCAGAGGACUGGGGACCCCCUCGCUUUGGUCCGGAAGGUCCUCCUGAGCCGUGGGGACCCGAGCCUGUUCCACCCGGACCUGUUCCACCCGGACCUGUACCACCUCCUCCUGUUGGGAUGCCUCCUCUGGAUUCCGCAGCCUACGGACCGGUGCCCAUACCUCCUGUCCCCCCUCCAUCAUGCGCCCCCCCGUUGGGGUUCCCAGCCUACCCUCCUCCCGGUUGGACAGGAGAGCCUGUUGUAGAGGAAGCGAUGCCCAACCCGCCUCCGGACCAGCCUGAGUGGAUCAAAGCGUUGAUUUCAGCUCCGGCCACUGAAUCGACUCCUGAGGCGACUAAAAAAGCCACGGGCGAGCCCGCUGUCGCUACGGCGGCUGACCCCGACACCGCCCCGAAACCUAAACCACAACCUAAACCUGACUCCGUGAAGGCUGCCAAAGCUCUCGGCCUGCUGGGAAAACGCACGUUUGAUAAGCCCCCUCCAGGCAGGUCGAUGGGGAUCAUCUCAUUCAUCGGGCCGACAUUCGGCUACAUCGAGAGAGAAGAUCUGGAGAAGUUCACCUUCAGGUUCGACGCUUUCUUUGGAAACCCCAAAGCCAUGGCACCCGGGGUCAGGGUCCACUUCACUGCCUGCAAAGAGAAGCAGAACAGUCUGAUAGCGACAGACGUGAAAGUGGCUCCUGGUGGAACGGAGAACGUGGACACGGAGAUCUACGAGGCGGUGGUCAGUCAGCCCAUCGUUCAGCCUCAGCCCGGCGAACGUCAGUACCCCGGUCAGGUUCACGUGAACAUCGGGCCGCUGAGGACCAACCUGACGUUCGACAGGAAGGACAGCGCGGUGACGCUGCUGAAGAACGACCAGGUGCUCAUCAACCUGCUGACCGACAUCGUCACAGAGAAGAGGAGAGCCACCAACAUCAAACCCAAGAUCCCUUCGACCUUCAGUCACACCAAGGAGUCCAGGGAGGAGGGAGUCAUCAUCAGUCUGAAAGACGGCGAAGGCGUCAUCAAGUCGGACGAACACGGCGAGCUUCCCUUCGACGCCAAAGAGAACUUCAGCGACGUCGAGUUCACUGCCGAGGACGUCAACGAGGAGGUGGAGUUCACCGUCAUCACGCUCAGAGCGGGGAAGCGGGCAAUCAGGAUCCGGCGGGUGAAGGAGCCCCUCCUGCUGACACUCUGCGCCGCCACCGCAGCCACCACCGAGGAGGGCGAGAGCCACAGCACGGAGGGCGGCGGCAACCAAGACUCUUCCAAGUUGCUCAGAAGGAAGGCCAACGUGAAGCCGGAGCGGCCGCCCAACAUGAUGCUGGACGCGGAGCUGUACGAGGGCAUCGUCAGCCAACCGAUCAUCGAGCACUCGGGUUACCCAGGUCAGAUCCACGCCAACAUCGGCCCCAUCAGGACCAACGUGACCUUCGACCACCGGGACUGCGGGGUCACGCUGCUGAAGAACGACCACGUAUUGAUCAACCUGCUGAUCGACACGGUGACCAGGAAGAGGAGAGCGGCCAACAUCAAACCCAAAGUGCCCUUCACCUUCAGCUACACCAAAGAGAAGAGAGAGCUGGGGGUCAUCAGUUGUCUGGGAGCUGAGGAAGGAGUCGUCAGCUCCGAGGAGCACGGCGAGCUUCCUUUUGACAUCUGCGAGAACUUCAGCGACGCGGAGUUCGACUACACAGACGUCCACAAGGAGGUGGAGUUUACAGUGGCCAUGGUGAAAUCCACAAAGAGAGCCAUCAGGCUAAUGAGGACAAAGAGGGUCGAAGACAAAAUCCUGGAGGAGCAGAAAAGACGGGAGGAGGAGGACAAGAGGAGGAAACGGGAGGAGGAGGAGAGGAGGAAACGGGAGGAGGAAGAGGAGAGGAAGAGGAGGGAGGGGGAAGAGUGCAAGAGAGAGGCAGAGAGGAAGAAGAAGGAGGAGGUGGCAGCGGCGCUGGCAGCGGCCAAAUAUAAGUGGACGCCACUCGGCUUCAAAACGAGAGACCCCGAGACGCUGGACGACAUCAGCAAGGAGCGAUUUGAAGGCACCGUCCUCAAAGCCAUUUCCAAACACACGAGGAAGAUCAAGAAGGAGCCGGAGGAGGAGCGAGGAGGAGGAGGUGCCGAGGGUGGACGAACUCUCGUCGGACAGGUCAAAAUUAAGGUGGAGAAAAUGGAUGAAGAUGAGAAGGAAGAGGCAGAAGCAAAACCUGAAGGAGAGGGAGGAGAGGAGGGAAAGACAGACAUGAAAAAGGAGGAUGAGGAGGUGAAGAAAAACCAGCAGGCUGGAGCUAGAGGUGGAGCUGCAGCAGGGGGUGGAGCCAAACCAGACCCAGAGAUGGGUCGACUGGUCAUGACCAUCGACGGUCAACAGAAACAGCUUCCCUUCGGUCCCAACGACCUGCUGACCACCGCCACCAUGUUGGAUGGAGACAAGGUGCGUUUCAACAUGGCCACCCACCAGGAGACCAAAGAGGAACGAGCGACCUACGUGGAAAUCCUCCCCGACUCCUUUGAAGAGUCCAUCGAACAACGCCGACACGGAAUUGUGAUCGAGUUCUCGGACGACUCGGGGCUCAUCAAGUGCGCUCAGAACCCUCAGCUGUACUUCCACAUGUCAGAGGUGAUUGAGAAGAAGAAACUGGAGCUGAAUGAGAAGGUCGAGUUCAGCGUCGUCCCACAUGAAACUGCGGAGGGGGGGAACCAGGCCAUCAGAAUAAAGCGUUUCACCGAGAGCGUUUUCCUCCCCGUUCGGAAGUUGGCCGGCGUGGGGGCAAACAAAGGAAAGAUGACCAUCAAGCUGACGAAAGCUUCAGAAGACACUGAGAAAGAUAAACCAGAGACAGACAAGCUGAAGGCGGUGGUGAAAAAUCUCAGAAAGCCGGACAACGAGACCAGUAUCAGCAGAAGGGAUUACAGUGCCACUCGGCGUAGAUAUGGGCGCAGCAGAAGUAGGAGCAGGAGUCGAAGUAGGAGUCGGGCCAGGAGUACGAGUAGAAGUAGAAGCAGGAGUCCACCCAGAGACCAGUUUGGACGUGUCAUCAAAAGGAGACGCAGCACCAGCGUCGAGCGUGACCGUAAAAGCAGCAGGUACAGGCGAAGCCGAAGCAGAGAGAGGUCAAGCAAGCGCCCCAGUGGCUCCGCUAAGAGUCGCAGCAGGAGUCGCAGCCGAAGCAAGAGCUCCGGCAGGAGCCGUAGCAGAAGCAGGGAGAGAAGCAAGGACAGGGCAGGCAAGAAGAGGAGCAAAAUCAGCAGAGAGCACGAAGAAAGUUACAAGAGAAGGAGGAGGGAGUUGAGCCCUCCUCACAGACGUGUCGGAGUCGUGGACGACGAGCUGGCAAGGAAGAAGCGGGAGCUGGAGGAGCUGAACGAGAUGAUUGCUUACAAAAAGACGCUGGUGGACAUAGACCCUGGACAGAGGACCUGCAUAGACUACGACCAUGGCAGGAUCGCCGUCCCACUGCCUGAGUACAAACCGGUCCGGUCCAUCUUGAAGAAACGACCGGAGGGACCCGAGUACCGCCAUCGUCCUCCUCAACCCUAUGACGAUUGUUAUUAUGAGCGGCCAUACAGUCCUUACCAAGAUCGGCGGUACGCCGACCACUACGGUGAUCCAUAUGCUCUCCGUCCUUAUGGUGAUGGCCCUUAUGGUGACCGUCACUACGGUGAUGGCACUUAUGAAACCCGUGUCUAUGGUGGCCCUCCAUCUGCCAGCCAACGUUACACUGAUCGCUACGAUGUUUAUGAUGAACCUUACGAGGAUCGCUACUAUGAUCCAGCAUAUGCGGACCGACCAUACGAUGAUCCGUAUCGCCCUGUCGAACGGAUCGCGUCUCCAGAACCCCACGGUUCCUCACCUUCUUCUCAUACCGGGCAAGUUUCUGGUGCCUCCACCCAGCCUCCCAUGAGGCAGGCUGUUGCCACUUCAUCUUCACAACCCACUUUCAGACCUCCUUCUCCAACAGAACCGCCUCCAAGAAGCCCAUCUCCCAAACUGAUGAACACAACACCACGGCAAUCACCUGCAGCUGAGAAACCACCCCUAGAUCGCUUCCUUGACAUGCUUAAUAAAAAGGUGGACACAGAAAAGAAAUCGGAACCGAUUUAUGUGAAUGAUGAUCUUCUGCCUCAUGAGCGGGCACUUCAAGAUGGCAAGGGUUUCUCUCGGAUUGUGGGAUUGGCUCAUGAGCCAACCAGCAGCAGUCUAGCACCAGAAUUGGAAAAGAACCAGCGAAGCCCUAAACGGUCGUCAGCAGAGAGAACAAGCGAGGAACCAAACAGCCAGACAGAACCCUACGGUAAGAUCCAGAGUCUACUCCGUACGAUUGGCCUGAAGCUGAGUACAGGGGAUGUGUCCAAACUGGCGAGCAGAGCCCAAGAGAAACUCUAUAGGCCAAAGACCUCAUCUGCAGAAAGAGAGACUUUGUCAUCCCCACGUGAAGAACCGAAAACGAGUAGAACCGGUUCCAUUGAAUCGGAUCACAUCCAUCCCCCUUCCCCUGCCAGGUCCUCCAGUUUGGAGCCACUCAGUAGACACAAAGCUGUCUCUGAGUAUGAUGGAUUUCUGGACCAGCAAGAGUUGGAGGUGCUAAAGAAGGCGCAACAACUGCAGAGUGUUGCCAAGACAAUGGGCAGCACACCCACCACCAGUCUGCCUGUGAAACCUCCUUCUGGUCCUCUGCCUGCUCCCUACCAACAUGUGCCCCAAGCGAUCAACUGGCCCCUUGGAGUCACUACCCAGAUUCCCCCAGCCCAGAGCUCCACAACCCCCUGCAGGGGCACUCCAUCUCCUCCUGCUGAUGGUCAGUCACCCCAGAGAUUUGGACCUACUGCAGGACCUCCCCCUGGACUUCCUCCACGGCAUCCUGGACAGCCCCCUCCAGGGCCUCCUCCUGGACCUCCACCCCGGCGCCCCCCUGGCCAACCUCCUUUCACCCCACCCUCUGGUCAUGCAGUCUUUCCUAUAAUUGGUCAGCUUCCUGCAGCUCCGCCCCUUAAUUCCCACAGUCCUUUGCAGACUUUCACCACUGCCACAGUUACAUCAACACCGGAAACAUCAAGUCCUCCGAGCUACGAGCAAUCAGCCAUCUCUACGACAGUGGCCAGAUGCCUGAAGGUCAUUGAGACGGUGAAAUCUCUGACUGUGCAGCCACCAGCCAGACCGGUCAAAACAGUUCAGUUCAGCUUACCCACAGUGUUUCCAUCAGUCUCCAGUCCUCAGACCUCGGCAGAGACAGAGGAUGACAUAAAGACCAAACAAAAGGAGAAGCUGGAUUUGUAUAAUCAGAGGAUUUUGGAAAAGAGGGAGCAGCAGUACAAGGAGAUGCAAGCCCACAAGAAAGGCGAGAGGAACAGGGAUGGUACACUGAUCUCUCCAGGCAAGCCAAUCAGCUGCGAGCCCAAGAACGUUUGGAUUUGUGGUCAUUCGCUGGUGUAUUGGGCAGAGUCACGGGCCACGUCCGCAGAAGUAGGUAUGCAGCUGGGUAUGGACCCCAGCAAGGUGGCCAUCUGGUGGAAGGGCACCCAGGGCAUGACUUGGCCCCAGCUCCUGCCCCAGCUCCACCAACUAAAGGUAACCUGGCCCAACCCGGACAUCCUCAUCAUGCACCUCGGCGGCAAUGACCUGAGCACCGACAGCCCCACCGACCUACUUGCCUCCGUCAAGAAGGACCUUACCUCUAUGAGGAGCAUCUUCCCGCAGUGCAUCCUCGUGUGGUCCAACAUCCUCCCUCGGAGGGCGUGGCGCCACUCGGCCGACAGCCAUGAAGUGGAUCUGGUCCGAAGCACAGUGAACCGCAGGAUCCAAAACAUCAUCUCAGACCUGGGCGGCACCUCUCUUAGCCACGACAACAUCAGAUGCGGCGCAAACACGGGUCUGUAUCGGGCCGACGGCGUCCAUCUGUCCCCCAAAGGCAUCGAUGUCUUCAAUCUGAACCUGCAGGAUUUUCUGGAGAAGUGGGAGAUGGCCUCAGAGAAAAGCUAAGAGGUGUAUCAACUAUUUUGUGCUGUUUUUAUGUUGUGUUGUUUAUUUCUAACGAUAGCUAGGCUGCAGCAUUGAUUCAGAGAACUAUGUGGACUUCUUUUGAGCUCCAUCUAUAACGGAUUCAGUCUGGUUUGUAGUUUCAGCUUAACACGUAGGAGCAGCUGUUAUACGUGGAAAAUAUCUCGUCUGUCUUCAAACAAUAAAUUUGACCUCAACUGAUGAGUUGUAUCUCAGUCUUUUCAUCUUCUUCAUGAGCACAAUGUUAGAACCUGCAUGUCUGGAUGUUCUCGUUAAGAACAGAUAAACUGGUAUAAGGCCACAUUUUGUGUGUUGAUAUUUUCAUGUUUGUGGAGAUAUCUUUAUGAUACACACGGCAUUCUUGAUUCUGCAGGUAAAUGUCAUUUGAAUUCAAAGGUUUUAUCAAUCAGCAUUUUUAUCUUGAUAUUGCGAUGUAUCUGUUCUUUGGUUGAAAACAAAAAUAAAUGAUUCAGUCAAGUCCUUUUACUGCUUUUAUUUAGUGCUGGGCGAUAUGACUGAAAGUGACGAAAGUCCAUGUCGUGAAGAAGCGUCAUGAAAAACAACAGCAUGCUUUUUCUGUGAAAUCCCACAUCCUCUAAAAAUAUGAGGGCAGUCAUGUUCCGCUGUAUGAAAUAUGUUGUCAAGAUCCCUUUUUAAGUGAAGACCAGACUUGGACUGGUUGCACACCUGUCCCACCGGACAUUUCACGUUCGUCUUCUUCCGACUUCUCUAAAAGGAUAUAAAAAUAUUAUUAUAGUCAGCGAUUGUAAUGUAUAAGUUUCCAGCUUCUUCGUAUGGAAAAUAAAUUGUAGUAGCAGCACACUGUCGUUGUAAAAGCUCAACAGUUUAAAAUAAUUAUUUAAUACAAGAUAUGUUGAUGAAAUGAUAUUUGACUGGAAGGCGAACAUUACCGUUCAUGAACAAAAACAAGUUCGCUGGUUUUGUCGUCUUUCACCAGUCGUCAGCUGCUGGAUAGAAAUGAUGGCUGAAAAAGCAAACGAGUCCUGGUCUUCAGUGACGGUCUGUGGUUAAAACAGGUGUAACAGCGAGACAUGAUCCAGGAAAACCAGGUGGAGUAACAGGUUUGCCUUUUAUUAGACAGUAGACAGUAAAGAGCCGACAGGAGACGACCCGCAGCAAAGAUCCAGCUGGAUUCGAACAGUGAACGUUACGAUUCAGCGCUGACAGGAGGUAGCGUCGUGGAGCUGAUUAAUGUUUUAUCGCCCAGCACUACAUGGAGGCGCUCCGAGCUGUGUCCUACCUGUCGGAGGCGAACAGGUGAGUUUUUGUUUUCUCUGCAGGUUCCGGCCGAGGCGGAGCUCAGGAUGCCGAGGACUGAAUCUACACAAACAUCAGAGAGCUCUGCUCGAUCAGCGCCACAGCACGAUUACAGGCUGGACAUGAGACUCCAAGAAGCACCAGCAGCAAAGAACUUGUGGUGGUUUAAAGGUUUUUUCAAUAAAUUUCCAACAGAAACACCUUGUUUCAACAAUGACAUUCAAUUAGGCUCCCUAAAUACUCACUCAUUCAUUUCCUGUCAGUCGACUGAUCUUUCAGCUGUGUGCUGAAGGGCAGCAGGCACCAGGGAUGUAGACGUUAACAUGCUCGUACCGGCAGCAUCUGAAUGUGCAUCACAGGAUUCUCCACUGUCUCGUUUCCCAGCCUCAGUGUCCUGUUGAUAGCGGGGCCUGUUUGGACUGACGCUGGCCGUGAUUCAAGCGCCAGUAAAGAAAUGCAAAUGUACCUUUUUGUUUCCACUGACUGACCGUAAAGAUGGGAACGCCUGUAUGAUGUAAUGAAAUGUAAAGCUGCGGUUUGUCCAGCUCACUGCUGUUCAGUGAAAACACUCCUGACAGAAGUCCUGAAAUGUGCUGUUUUGAUUGAGAAGUGACGACAUGUGUGACAUCAUACUUUGGUUUCUGUUUUUCUGGUCACUCGGUGUUUACCUGACAGUGUGCUCUGAAAACGUUCGUACAGCUCUCGAGGUUUUCUACGGUUUGUUGCAGUGCAGUGUACGUAGCUUUCAGUUCCUUUCAUUUUACACUUUAAGAAGAAGAUCAGUAGAAGUAAAAGAUCUGAAGACUAGUUUGACUUGUGGAAAAGUGGAGGCUGUUACAGCAGCAAAAGACCGAGGCAGCUGGAAGAGAGCGAGAGAACUUUUCACACAACGACCGAACUGGACAAGUUGUCAAGACAAAGUACGUCCACGAGGCCUCCACGACUGGACGCUGAGGGUGUCUGUUCUGGAGUCGCACCUUCCACCGUCACCGACAGCAGGAGAGGACCGAAAGACUUUUUUACUGUCUGAUGUCCUGAAAUCACUGUUUUUAUUCAAUAAAAUAGCUGAAAUGAA